AUGUCUGCACACAAGUAUGCAAUUUUCUUCCCCGAGGGCGACGGCUACCUCUUUUGUCGGCCGCUGGGCAAUGGCAUGGAGGGAGUCACCUCGAUCGUCCGCUCCAUCACCAACAACAAGGACUAUGUGAGAAAGAAGACAAAGCCCACCUCCGCAAAAGCGAGCCACAGAAAUGGAAUCCGGUGCCCAGAAGUUGAGCUGUACGAAGAGUUCCCGAAGAUCCCCACCCUUGUGCGUUCUCAAGACUUCAAUGUCCUUCCCAAAGGCCACGCCGCUUUCAACGACUUCAAGUCAACGUCCAUCAUCUUCGAAUACUGCAACGGAGGCUCGCUGGACCGAUUCUUCGCCGUGCUCGAACGAGAACGCAUUUUACCACCGCAAGCUCUGGUCUUGCAACUGAUUGACCACCUGAUGGAGGCCGUCGACUUUGUGCACCGUUACUGUGAGCCGCCCGUCAUCCACCAAGAUGUCCACGAAGGCAACAUAUUUCUCCAUUUCCCCAACCCAGACAGCAAACUCCCGGACUUCCUCCUUGGAGACUUCGGCCUGGCCAGACGAGCAGCAGACGGCUUGUUCGAGGUCUCUGGAAAUCCCGUCAGACGGCGAAUGAGAGACCUGGCCUCGAUCCAACGAGAAGACGACCAGGCGCAGCAGCAAUACGCUGCUUGUCAGGCCGCUGGGCUGACUACCGCCGCCGACAAGCCGCCCGAGCCACGCAGACGACAAGUCAUCCGGAUGUUCGACGACAUCAACAACCUGUACGCCAUCAUCCACCGCGCCAUCGUCGCCCGCCACCAGCAACCAGAAACUGCCAAGUACGUCGCCAUGCGCCUCGAUUUUCUGGACUGGCUCCGCGAACUCGGCAAACGAUACGCCGCCCGCGAGGACAUCACGCCCGGGACGUACAACCAAUGGGUGGACCUCCACCAGUACAUCCGCACGUGGGCGGAGCAGGCGCGCCAACAGGCCGACAAGCUGCCAGACUUGCAGUGGACACGGCAGGACCGCUACCGAGACGACGUGCCUCCCGGCGAUGCGCAAGUCGCGAGCCACCCGUGGAAGUUCUACAACGAACACCUCCCCGUGGUGGCCGACCAGCGGCUCAAAGCCCCGUGGCAGCACGCCCCGUCUCCCAGCGUGCAGCUGUUCGAGACGCGGCACGAGCUGCUCCGCCAGGCGGCCGGCGUGCCGGGUCCGUGGCGCAUCGCACGCGUCCGAACAAACCCCGCGCCGGCCACUGCGGCUGCAGUGCUGCACGUCGAGGCUGUCGAAGAGCACGCCUUCAACCUACACGUGCCGCGUCUGAGCGACAACCCGUGGAAGACGGCCGACGGGCGCCACGUCAACGGCGACGACGUCGAGAUGGAAGGCCAGCUCGUCGCAACGGCGGCGGACGGCAUCGGGGUCGAGACCUUCAUCGCGAGGUCCGAGGCUCUGUUGCUGAAUGCCGCCGUGGCGGACGAACUGGCGGACGACCUCUUCGGCGUGGACCAAGCGUGGCCCCCCAAGCUGGCCAAGCAGGUGGUCGUGUUGACGUUGCAGGCCGAGGACGCCCUGCUGGCGGUGGCGGCGAUACAGUCGGCUCCCCAAGAUGCGGCUGCCGCUGCGGUUGCUGUUCCCGUUGCGGCGGCUACGGCGGACGGUAAGCCCGUCCAGCCGGCCACGCAGGAGGCAGCAACGCAGCCGGCGCCCGUCGCGAGGAGACGACGACGACGUCAGCAGGUGCGAACUGGGCCCAACGUCACGACGAGGGCGAUGGCGCGGAGGGAGGAGAUGGACAAGAGGAGAGUGACGAGGAGUAUGGCGCGGGUGGCGGCCGCGGAGGCAGAGGCAGCGGCGAAGAAGAGGAAGAUGUAA